AUGAGCUAUUUUGAAUUUGUUUGUAAAGAAUUAAUUAAAAUUAAUUUUUCUACAAAUUUUUUGAAUAAAACCAACUAGUUAGCAAGCAAGAAAGAAAGAAAGAUAACACUAAGUAAAUAGCGUGUAUCAGAUUAAUAUAUAAAAACAGAAAAAGAAAUGGAGCCAAAAACUAUCUUGAAAAUUGUUGUUAUUUUAGAUGGUUUAAUUGUAAUGAUUGUUCCCAUCAUAAGAUUUGUUUAUUCUUCUGAUCAAAAACCAUGGUCUCUUAAAGAUUAGAUAUGGAAUUUUUACUGGAUAGUAUUUGGAUUGAUGAUUAUAUUGGCUGAAUUCAAUUUAAAAAUAUUGCUCACAUACUUCAAUUUCUUAGAAACUUAGCUUGGCAGAGGAUUAUUCCAUAUAUUUAUAGGUACUAUCAUGUUAGGUUUACCAGCAUACAUUCUAGCCAUAGGUAAUCAAUUUAAUUUGCAUAAAAUAGAGGAAAUUAAAGUUUUCUACAAAUAAUAAAAAAUAAAUAGGUUUGCUUAAUAUUGCGUUAGGAUUUAUAGUCCUUUACAUUCAUCAUAAGAGUAAAAACACAAAGGACCUUCCUCAGACUGGUAGCAUAGAUAAGAAACAGGGAGAUAUAAACAUGAAUAGCGAUAGUGCUUCAAAUAAAGGAGUAAAGGCAGAUUAAAUUAUCAUCGAUUAAUGAAUUUAGUUAUAAAAUAUGAAUAAAAAUCAAUCAACAUUUAUUGUUUAAGCAGCAGAUAAAUUAAUAAAAUUAUUUAUUAUUUUUUAAGGCAUUUUGAAAAACUCUUUGAAUAUAAAAAUAGUAAAAAGUAAAAAUGGAAUUUAUUUACAUAAUAUCUUAGCAAAUCUCUGUGUUUAUUUUUGUUUUAUCUGUGA